GCGCCGCCAUGGCGGGCGCGGAGCCGGCCGCCGACGAUGAGGGGCUGUACUCCCGGCAGCUCUACGUGCUGGGCCGCAGCGCCAUGGAGCGGCUGGCGGGCGCCGCGGUGCUGGUGGUGGGGCUGCGGGGCCUGGGGGCCGAGGUGGCCAAGGCCCUGGUGCUGGCUGGCGCCCGCGCUGUUACCCUGCACGAUACCGCUGCCGCCGGCCCUGCCGACCGGGCCUCACAGUUCUUCCUCACGGAUAGCAACAUGGGCCAGAACCGGGCCGUGGCAUCCCAGCGGCACCUCGCAGAGCUGAACUCCCAUGUGUUGGUGACAGCCCACACAGAGGAGCUGUCAGAGAACUUCCUCACGUCCUUCCAGGUUGUGGUGCUGACUGACUCCCCACUGGAGGAACAACUCCGCAUUGGUGACUUCUGCCAUGCCAGGGGUAUCUGCUUCAUUGUGGCUGAUGUGAAGGGCCUGGCAGGGCAACUAUUUUGCGAUUUUGGGGAUCACUUUGUUGUUCAUGACCCAACGGAUGCUGACCCGGUUCGUGCUUCCGUGCAGCACAUCUCCCAGGGCAACCCAGGAAUUGUGACGUGUGCAGCAGGAGAAGAUGGCCGUGGCCACCUUUUCUCUGAUGGUGACGUGGUGACAUUCUCAGGUGUGGAGGGCAUGAUUGAGCUGAAUGGCCAGCAGCCCUGCCCUGUUCGUGUGCUAGAUGCCUUCCGCCUGGAGAUUGGUGACACGAGCUCAUUCUCGCCAUACUGCUGUGGGGGCCUGGUUUUGCAGGUGCAUCUGCCCCAAGAGCACUCAUAUGAGCCCCUGCGUACAGCCCUGGUGAAGCCGAAGAUUCAGGUGUCAAAUCCUGAAGACCUUCCACGCAGCCGCAGCCUGCACAUAGCUUUCCAGGCCCUGCACGCAUUCCGCAAGGAGCAGGGGUGCCUACCUCAGCCCAGGGCGCAGGGGGAUGCCGAGCGGGUUCUGGAGCUGGCACGGAGCCUGGAUGAGCAGCAAGGUCCCCUGGAUGAGGAUGUUGUACGAGCCUUUGCUAGCGUGAGCGCAGGGGACCUGAGUCCCAUGGCUGCCUUCAUGGGGGGCCUGGCAGCCCAGGAGGUGCUGAAGGCUGCCUCGGGGAAAUUUCUGCCACUGGAUCAAUGGCUCUAUUUCGAUGCCUUAGAGUUCCUGGACUUGGAGGGGGCUGCGCAGCUGACAGAGGAGGACUGUGCCCCGAGGGGUUCUCGCUAUGAUGGCCAGAUCACGGUGUUUGGGGCAGACUUCCAAGAGAAGCUGGGCCACCAGAAAUACUUUGUGGUGGGAGCUGGUGCCAUUGGCUGUGAGCUGCUGAAAAGCUUUGCCAUGAUGGGGUUGGCUGCGGGGACAGGCGGGAACAUCACGGUGGCCGACAUGGACACCAUCGCACGCUCUAACCUUCAUCGGCAGUUCCUUUUCCACUCAGCGGAUAUAUCGAAGCCAAAGUCAGAGGUAGCAGCUGCAGCUGUGAGAUGUAUGAACCCUGACAUCAAGGUGACAGCACACCAGAACCAGGUGGGGCCUGCCAUGGAGCUGAUCUACGGGGCUGACUUCUUCAAGCAUCUGGAUGGAGUUGCCAGUGCCCUGGACAACAUGGAGACACGUGCUUACUUGCAGAGCUGCUGCCUCCGCUUCCUCAAGCCUCUGGUGGACUCAGGAAUGGAGGGCACACGGGGGAAUGUGCUUGCCAUGGUGCCCCACCUGACCAACGCUUUGGGGCCUGCCAGUGACCCUGUGGACAAGACCUUCCCCCUUUGCACCCUGAGACACUUCCCCCAGACCAUUGAGCACACGCUGCAGUGGGCCCGCGAUGAGUUUGAGGGGCUCUUCAGGCUGCCUGCAGAGAACGUCAACCGGUUCCUGGUAGACCCAACUUUUCUGGAGCACCUGGAGGCACCAAAGGCUCUGGAGGUCCUGGAGCAAGUGCAAAGGAGCUUACAGGAGAGGCCACGGGACUGGCAGGACUGUGUGCACUGGGCGCGCCAGCACUGGCAGAGCUGCUACCACAAUGCCAUCUCCCAGCUGCUGCUCACCUUCCCCCCAGAGCACGAAACCAGCCCAGGUGUUGCCUUCUGGUCAGGGGACAGGAGGUGUCCCCAUCUGCUGACAUUUGAUCCCGAUGAUAGUCUUGGACCAGGGUCUGUCCCUGUUCCCUUGGUCUGUCAAGGCACUGCGGAGCUGCUGAGGAGAUCCCAUAUAUGUUCUGUGGCCAGAAGGAGGAGAGACAUCUCUAUCUCCCCCUCAGGGACACCCAUGUGGCUUAUGUCAUGGCUGCUGCCCACCUCUUUGCUCAGACACACAAGGUUUUGGCUCGCAAUGACAGGGCAGCUACUCAGGAGAUCCUUCGCAACCUGGUCCUACCGCCCUUCACACCCCAGGAGGGGCUCAAGAUCCACAUCAUGGAGGAAAGGCAGGAGGUCCAGGAGGCUGUGGGAUGACAACUUCCACGUGGACUUUGUCACAGCCGCGUCCAACCUGCGUGCAGAGAACUAUGGCAUCGCCUGUGCUGACUGGCUCACGAGCAAGCGGAUUGUCGGACGAAUCGUGCCUGCCAUUGCCACUACCACGAUGGCCGUGGCCGGCCUGGCGUGCCUGGAGAUCUACAAGCUGGUGUGGGGGUGCCAGGACCGCAGCUGCUACCGCAACAGCAACCUGUGUCUCUCUGACUCCCUGCUGCUCCGUGUCCAGCCCCUGCCACCCUCCACCUACAGGUACGGCCAGAAGGAGUGGAGCUGCUGGGACCGGCUGGAGGUGCAGGGAAUUGGCGCCGAUGGACAGGAGAUGACCGUGCGGGAGCUGCUGGACUGGCUGCGGAGGGUGCACGGGCUGGCUGUGACCAUGCUCCUGCACGGCUACACUGUGCUCUACAACAGGGAGCAGAACGAGGAGACGCGGGCCCAGCAGCAGGCAAAGAAGCUUUCAGAGAGCCUGGAGGGUGCUGGGGAGCCGCGGCCCCGGGAACUGGAGCUGCAAUACGUGUGCGAGGGAGAAGAGGAUCAAGACGAGGACUCCUGUCCCCGUCUCCUCUGCUACCUGCCCUGAGCCUGGAGUGGGACACCAGGAUGGCCAUGCCAGAGGCAGCAGGCCCCAGCUGCCCAUUGGGACCACACUGUACUUGCUGCCCCUGGUAAUAAAAGCUGCAGGAUUAGCUCCA